AUGCUACAGCACUCGGCCUCGGCCGUCUACCUGCCACGGCGCCCGCGCGACUCUUCCUUGGGGCCGCGCACCUUCUCCACUACGAGUAUCGGCGGCGACCCAACCUACAAGACAGUGCAUGGGGUGCCUUUACAGACUUCUUUGACGUCUUCGAGUUCGACACGUCUUGGUCUGUCGGAUGAGGAAACAUGCAGUAGGAGCGAUGCCAGUUCCUGCCGCGCCGCCCAUAUGCAGCGCGCCAGCAGUUUUUUGGCUAGCCGUCGGGGCUCUUCGGAAGCCUUUGAGGACGCAUUAGAGUCUCUCGACCAUCCUCAUACCUCUGCAGAUCUCAGCAACGACUAUUCCGCUUACGCGUUUGCUCUCAAGGCUCCCCUGUCAGAGGCCCUCGCAAGCCAGGCGGAGUCCCCUACCCGCGCCUCCCCCACAAGAGCCCAUGUAGAACUUCUUAAGGCACAGACAGAAGCCCCAAACAGAGCUGCAAGAAAGACACUUCUAUGCUACAACACUGCAUCCAUGCUCAGGAGCAGCGGCAGAAGGACCGGGGGCAGCAGGGAGGCGGGAGCAGAAAGGGAAACCUGCGCAGCCACUAGCGAGCCUGCUCUCAGCAGCCCCACACCUCAUCCUGCCCUACAAAACAGUGCAUCCCAGCAGGAAGGGAAGGAUAAGGGAAAGGGAAGGCAGCAGGAGAGGUCCGCAGCAACCGCAGCAGCCGCCGCAGCAGCACACUCUGCGAGUUCAAGCCGGUGCUUGGAGCGAGGCCGCCCUACCGCUGCUGCUGAGCGUGAGGAAGGCUCCUUUGCCUCUUCUGGGUCCCCCAUAAGCCCAUCAGAAGCAACUGGAAAGCAGAAAGACGCUGGAGGGACACCCCUUCCCCGAGCAGCUUCACAGGAAACGCGAAGAGUAGAUGUACCCAGGCGGGCUAUUGGCAGGUACUCCUCAGUGCCGGCGUUUUCAGCAGCAGAUCGCGUCAGGAUUGACCGUUUCAAGGAGGGUCUACCUGAGUGCCUCAGCACACAGGAGGCCAUAAAGAAACAACGGAGAGCAGCGGAGGAGGAGCGCCUCCGGAGGCGCGAGGUGGGGCUAUCCGCGGCAUUCGGGUCAUCUCCUCUCACAUUGAGCAACGAGUUGGGAGAGGCUGUGGACUGGCGGUCGCUCUUAGAUGCAGCUGGCCUCGGAGACGUAGGAGAAGAUGAAAUAACGUUGGAGGCUGAAGAGCUGCACGCGAAGCUGCAGGAGUUUGCGCCCAGGGCGGGGCCGGGUUGGUGCCGUGCCCUUCUGGGCUGCUUGUGGCAGUGGCGGAUAUAA